AUGGUUGAUUCUAUAUGUGGAGGAGCAUUUAUGGAGAAAACUCUUGAUGAGAUUUACAAUCUUUAUGAGAAUUUAAGUGAAAAUUCUAGAGAUCAAGUCUCUUUUGAAUUAUAUGACAAGGAUAAGAAGAGAGAAAUUUAUGAAUUGCAUCAUGAUGAUGAUUCUAAACUUAGAAAUGAGGUUAAUUAGAUUAAUCAAAUAUUAGAAAAAAUUGAAUUACUUAUUGACAAUAUUAGAAAGCCUUUUAAGCCUCAAUUUAAUUCGAAUAGUACAUGUCCUAUGUAUGGUGAAAAUGAUUAUUCUGAAUUUCAAUGUUAUAAUUUAGAUCAAUCAUUUCAACCUAGGCAAGAACAAGUGCAAGUAGCUCACAGUUUUAAUAGAAAUAGGGAACCUUUUUCAAAUUUUUAUAACCCUAAUUAGAGGAAUAAUUUUUCAUCGAGAGACCCAAAUAAUAUUCAAAAUCCAAAAGCACUUAGAUCCAAUUCACAUUUUGAAUUUUGUCCAAAAUAGGAACAUACAUUUCAAAAAAAUCAGUCCUCUCAAAUUCAACCUGAUGCUAUGGAAAUGAUGCAGCAAAUGAGCCAAAUGAUGCAACAAACUAUGAAUCAAAUGAUGCUGCACUAGAAACAAAUUAUAGAGACUCUUAGGAAUAAGAGAGAAGAGGGAUAGCUACCUAGUCAGCCCAUAGAAAAUUCAAGAAACUAUCCAACAAUAAGAUUUCAGCAAGGAGAGUCUAGCUGAAUAAAUUUAGAAAAAAACUCAUGAAAUGAAAAUGUUAAGUCAGUGAAUAUAUUGAGUGAGAAUAUUUUACCUAAUCCUUAUUUCUAAUUAUUAGAUAAAAUUAAUGAGCCAUUAGAAGUAAAUGAGAACAUUAAGGCUGAAAAUAUAGUAGUAGAAAAUUUGAAUAAAAUCAUUUAUUGCUCACAAUUGAUGAAUGAAUAUAGUGAGGAUGAUGAGGAGAAAGACCCCUUAGAUGAAGAGACAACAGCUGAUCAUGGAAAAAUCAUCCAAAUUUUAGUAGAAGGGAGUAAGGACACAAAUGAAGAAAAAUAUAUUUCAGGUGAGGAAAAAUGAGUUGAUUUAGGAGAUGUAGGAGACGACAUUAAUAAAUCUAAUCAUAAUUUUCCAGCCAUGGAUGUUGAUAAUGAUGUAUAUCAUACCUCAAAAUUAAAAGAUAGCUCUUAGGAAGAUGACGAAUUUGAUGAGUUGAGAAAUGAAAAGCUAGAAAAAAAGUUGAUUCAACUAAUGGUGAGAAACGAAAAUAAUGAAUAUGAGUAUAGAGAUAAUUUUGGAGGAGAAAAUUAAAAUUUUACUGAAUUCAUUAGAUCUAAGAUUAAAGAAGAAAAUCCUUCCAUCCUUCAAAACUCACAGCUCAUUAGAAUUAUUUCUAAGCUUGAAAUAUUUCACUCCUUGCAAAUUGAACAAAUAUGUAUGGAAGAUAAAAUGGAGUAGGGGAGGUGAUAAGUCUUCAUUAUCAUGAGUUAAUAAUUAGUAAAUAAUAUAGUUUUAGCCUUAACUCAUGAUAAAUAGACUUAUAUUUGUGUUAAAAAAUGAUUUUUGGUUUUCAAUUGAUUAACAUGAAUUUUUGGGUAAUUAUGUGAUUUUAUACAAUUUUUACAGUCAAACUUUUGAGAUAAAUGAAGAACAAAUAAAAAUAAAAAUAUUGCAAAAAUGAGGGGAACCCGCCGGCCAGCCGAGCUCGCAAGCGGCAAGUGGGUCGGAAGUGCAGUCGGGGAGUAAGCCGCGAGCAGGGGCUCAAGCGACUUGGCUUGGGGACUGACAGGGCAUGCGUACGCCACACUCCCCUUCCACGUCACCGGUGGCCAGCUGGCUGUGGGGCAAGGAGUGGUCAUACACGCGAGAGAAGGGACUUUGCUGAGAAAGCUAACACUACUAUAUAUUCACCCGAAAAAUCGGCGUACAACCGAUGUGGGACUAAACCCCCGUCACACCUUCCUCAGAAGAGGCGAGCGACCGGCGUGGGUUCGAACCCUCCCAGAGUCAAAAUUCAUAUAUUUUUAUCUGAUUAUCACGACAUUCCUGCAGAUCGUCGGUGAAGGAUUAAGCAACGAGAAUCAUUGGAUCAUCGGCAAAAAUCUCGUCAACGCGAUUCGCGGAGCAUUGCUACUAAAAUUGCUGAACGAUUCACGAUAAAAGGAUCGUGAAUCCAUCGAGUAAAUCAUCUCCGAUUGAUCAACGAACAAGCCGUCGUCAGGAAGAGGAUGAUCCGCCGGGAGACCAGUCGCCACCUCUUGAGAGCGUACCAGAUGCGAUGAAGAGCCUCCUCUUGCUGCGUGGACCUGAGGAUGAAGCUCCUUGACAUACGCCCCACCUCCAUCCAGCUCCUCUCUGUCGGGUGACAGCCGCCGGAGACGAUUCGACGACCCACUUCAUUGAUUUUUAGACUUCGCGAGAAGAUCUAGAAAUUGUCCACAUCGUCUUUGUCCAAGGAGAGCGUUCGAGGCCGUGGACACUACACGACAACCCUCCCGAACGCUUAGGAUUCCGGUGCAUCGUCGACGCAUCGCCGUCGCGACGUCAGAGCUCUGUUUUCCUGCUUUCAAUUUAAUUUACGCUUUAUUUAGUGAUACUUUGUGUGAUUUUAAUUUACCAAACUAUACUUCGUUAAAUUACGAUUCUUCCGGCUUUUACAGAUCUUAAUUUGAUUAAUUAAGUCGUCUGUAAUCGCUUACGUAAGAAUCGUCGGGCAGAACUCUGUUUUCACCUGAUUCACGUUCACCGGGCGCUGACAUCAUCCUGACGCCCGCACCCUUAUUUCCUUUUUUUUUCGUGAAUUUUAAAUAUAUUUCCUUUUUAUUUCCUAGUAUAAAAUUCGUAAGAAAAUCGUAUUCAUUGAGAAUAAUUCUGAAUAAUUACCAGAUAUUAUAUUACAUCCUUGUGAUUGACUUGGAAAAUUACCGCUAUUUUUUGGAAUUUUAUUGAAUUAUAAUUGAUAUAUUUAUUUAGAAAUACUUCUAAAUAUCUGAAAAUUCGUAUUUUCUAGUUUUACAAAUUUUAUAUUUGCGUGAUUUAAUAUAAAACGACUGAGUCAUGUCAAGAGGAUACAAAAUUUAUGCUAAAUUUGAAAAAGAAUAUCAUGAAACUUACCUUGGGAUAUCAAUAUAUUUUGAUGGCCAUAGAUCAUCUUAUAUGAUCUUAGAGCUGUCCAGCUAGCGACAUUAAUUGCAACAUUGCAUGAUAGGCAACCCAUGGUUUUUAUUUCAUUAUGUUUGAUUUUUUUUUAAGCUCUAUUUUUCUUAGUAUUUUGCAAUACUUGUUUCUGUAUUUGUUUUUUCGAAAAAGUGUAGGAGGAGUGUAAGAUGAAGUGGAAAAUUAAAAAUGAGGUUGAGGUGAUGUCUUUCUGAGCUUAAUCAUUUAUGACAACAUUUUUAAUGCUUAACUUUACAUAUAUGUAUACUUCACUUGAAAAUUAUCUUUUCUGCAUAUUUUGUUUCGAUUUUUCUGUGUCAUUGAGGACAAUGUCAUUUUUAAGUUGGGGGGUGAAGUAUUCAUUAUUAAUUUAUGUUGUAGGACAAUAAUGUAUAUUUGAGGAAUAUUUCACAAGUUAUCAUGUAAAUUAUUUUAUUUGUUAUUUAAAUGAACCUCUCUAAAUCUUAAUUUAAAUUGAUAUUUUAUGAAUAAACAAAAAGUUGAUGAGAAUUUAUUUUAUAUCUUGAGGCUUAAUUCUCACUUAUUUUUUAAAAUAAAAUAUUAUUGUGCUAAAUUUUAUGAUUAAUUGAAAUCUAUUUUAUAUAAUUUUUCUAAAAAUUUGAGGCUUUAAAAUAAAUAUAAUUAGAAGACAUCAUUAUUAGAUAUGAUAACAAUCACAUAAUACUUUCAAUAUGGGAUUAACUUUAUAUUCUUUUCAGAUCUAACAGUAGUGUGAUAGUAGUGGUCAAAUCUAAUGCAUGCCAUGAAGCCACAUCACUGUUGCUGUCAUAUGAAAAAGUAGCUCCAAGAUCCAAUGGUGACUGCUAGUAGAUCCCACACUCCAUGUCAUAGCCAUCAAUACAUGAAAAGUAGCCACCAAUCCAACAGUGGCUAUCAUGGCAUCUGAUGCACACAGAUCGUGAUAAAGCACAUGCAAAAGGAGCAAGAGCCGAUGGAGAUCUAACAGUGAUUAUUAGGCCACAUCACCCCUCUUCAGAGCAAAAUCAUAGCACAAGGAUCCAAUAGUCUUCAUCGAACCAUGCUUCGGAGCAUAUAUUUAGAAAUAUCAAUUAUCAUUUGGUAAAACAAACGAUAUCAAUUAUUCCCUCACAUGCACAAAAGGGUAUAUAUUCAAAUAUUGAUUAUCAUCUGGCAAAAUAGAUAAUAUCGAUUAUUACCCCAUGAGAAAAGGGGAAAAUGCUGAAAACUUUAGAGAAAAAUUGGCAAAAUAUGACAGAAAAUAAGAAGUCAAAAUAGAAAAUUCGAUUUGUAGAUCUAUGGGACAAAGGAGGAAGAGGGGAGGGAAAUGGAGAUUUUCUAGAGUUGUUCUUGGGUUGUUCUUGAGAGAAAAUAUUGUUCUUCUUUCUCAUGAGAAAAUAGGAUUCUGAAGAGUGCAUUGUUAAUUUUGAUUGUUCUCCUUUACCCUUUUCACCUUAAAUCCAUUCUAUUGAACUAGAUGCAAGAUUGAGAAGUGCUACCCAGAAGUUGACAUCAAGCCAUGCAUUCAAAGAGUUGUAAGUUUGAUUUUUAAUAGAGUUUUUAUUAUUUUCUUGUUUGAUCUGUGAAAUAAUUUUAUUUUCUUAGGUUAAAUUAUUUAUUUACUUUUUUUCUUCUAUUUUAAUCAAUCCAAAGCAUAUUUAGUUUAUUGAUUUUAAUUCAUUUCAUUUUUAUAUUCGCAUUUAUAUUUAUUUGCCAUUUUAUUUCAUUUAUUGUUUUGAAUAUGAAUUUAAAUCUUCUAAUCAAUUUGUAAUUCUUUAAAUUAGAGGAUAAAAGGAUUUUUAAAAGCUUUCCCCUAAGGAGAUGACCUAGCUCACCACUAUAUCCAUCUAAAAUUCUUAUUAUUAUUUUUGUUGAAUCUAGUUGAACAAGUUAUUAAAAUUGAUUGAUGAUUCUAAUAACGACUUAGAACCACAUCAAUUUUUGGUGCUGUUCUUGGCGAAGGUAAUUUCGAAAUCUUUAAUUCUCUAUAGGAAUUAUUUUUCUAUUUUUCUACAUUUUCUUUUCAUAUCUCAUUUCUAUAUAAAAAAAUAAUUCGUGAAUUAAUGUUGCAUGCUAGGACGGAGGUCAUUAAAACCCAAAUUAGUAGAACUACCUAUAUCUAGAGUUAAAUCAUCUGGCAAUUUGCUUAAUUCACGAAAAGUAGAGGAAAAUAGAGAAAACCCUAGACCUAUUAGAGAUUAUUUUAAUCCACCAUCUGCACUUGAUUUUCAAUAGCAACCUAUUUGCAAGCACAAUAUUAAAUCAGGAAUUUUUCAAUUGCUGCCUAUAUUCUUAUGAUAAAAAUAUUGAAGAUCCAUAUGAUCAUUUGCAAGAAUGUCUUAAGGUUUGUGGGACUGUCAAAGAGGUUGACGAUGAAUUAAAAUUAACAUAGUUUCCUUUUUCUUUGAAAUGUGAUGCUAGCUAUUGGAUUUCUACUUUAGAAAAGGAGAUAAAAUCAUGGCCUGAUUUAGUGCAGGAAUUUCUGAAAAUAUUUUAUCCUAGGGGGAAAACCAUGUUGAUGAGAAAACAUAUUAUGAGUUUUACACAAAACAGUAAUGAACCUUUGCAUGAAGCAUGGUAUAGAUUCAAAGCUAUGAUGAGAAGAUGUCUUCAUCAUGGUAUUCCUAAAUGACAAAUAGUUCAAAUGUUUUAUGAUGGUUUGUCUGCAGCCAACAAGCAAAUGAUUGAUGCAUCAUGUGGUGGCACAUUUAUGAAUAAAAAGGAAGAUGAGGGAUAUUCUCUUUUGGAAGAACUUACUGAUAACUCUUCUAACUAUAUAUCUUCAUCUUCCUUUGAUAGAUCUAAGGGUGGAAUUUAUGAGAUUAGAAAAUCAGAUGAUAAAGAAUGGAAGAGUUAAUUUGAUGAGCUAAAUUCUAAGAUGGAAAAAAUUCUUGCUUUUAGGAAAAAUUUAAGUGACAAACUUACAAAAUUUCUUCAAGUUUGAAUCAUGCUGAAAAUGAAUGUCCUCAAAUUAUUUCUCCAUCAUAUACAUCUGAACAAGUUCAAUUAGCUCAAGAUUUUAAUAAGUCUAAUCAUGAUUUUGUGCAGGCUUCUUAUAACCCUGGAUGGAGAAAUCAUCCAAAUUUUUCAUGGAAAAAUCAAAACAUGUUUAGUGAGCAAACAUCUUCUAGUUAUCCCAACAUGCAGGUUAGACCUCAGCAGCAAAUAUUUCCACCCAUGAAAGGUCAACCACGCCCAUCAAAUUUUCAAGCACACCCACCAUUAGGUCAAGGACCACAAGUCAUGGGAAAAAAUCAAGGCAGUGACAAUAAAUUGAGUGGUUUACAACGGAUCAUGGUUCAACAACAACAAACCAUUCAAAAAUUACAACAACAACAAACUCGACAACAAUCCAUUCAACAAUUGCUGCAGCAACAACAACAAAACAAAUCCAUGCAUCAACUCACACAAAAACCACAUGCAGCUCAACAAUUUAGACCAAGUGGAGGCCAGCUACCAAGUCAACCCAUAGCCAAUCUACAAAAUCAUCCUCCUGGUUUUCAGCAUCAAGCUAACAUGGUAAAUACAAGUUUUGAAGAACCUUUUGUACUAUCUCAAAUGGAAGACAUGAAGGCCAUAUCUCAGCUACGAAAUGGGAAGGUUUUGAGUGAUCGUUACCAACAAAAGGAGGAUGGAAAAGACAUCUCUUCUAUGGACAAAAAUUCAGAAGAUCAAAAACAGAAAAUUAUAGAGGAAGAUGAUGAUUUUAGUGAUGAUGAAGAGGUUGAAAAAUCAAAGGUUGAAGUAAAUAUUGACCCCAAGGAAUAUGUUCCCACUACACCUUUCCUUCAUGCAUUAAAACCAAAAGGUAAAAAGGGAUUGAUUCAUAGUGAUGAGGUGAUGAAAAUUUUUGAGCAAGUGCAGCUCAAGAUUGCUCUCUUGGAUGCCAUCAAUCAUGUACCAAGUUAUGCAAAAUUUUUGAAGGAGAUGUGCACACCUAAAAGAGAAAAAAGAAUCAUCCUUUCAUCACAAUGCAAUUAUUCUUGAUCAAUUGCCCAUGAAAUGUAAAGAUCCAGGUAAACCUCUAAUCUCUUGUAAAAUUGGUGGAAUUACUUUUGAUAAUGCAUUGCUUGAUUUAGGUGCUGGUGUUAAUUUUUUACCUACUGCCAUUGCUGAACAUUUUAGAAUUGGUGAGCUCAAACCAGCCUCUACAAUUCUUCAAGUUGUAGAUAGAUCUACUAGGAAACCUAAAGGAAUAUUAGAAGAUGUAAUUGUCAAGGUAGGUGAAUGCUAUUUUCCCAUUUAUUUUUUGGUCUUAGACAUUGACGUGACUUAGUCGUUGUAUGUUAAAUCACGCAAAUAUAAAAUUUAUAAAACUAGAAAAUACGAAUUUUCGGAUAUUUAGAAGUAUUUCAAAAUAAAUAUAUCAAUUAUAAUUCAAUAAAAAUUCCAAAAAUAGCGAUAAUUUUUCAAGUCAAUCACAGGGAUGUAAUAUAA